AGCUACAAAGAUGGCGGACGCCUGACGCGACGGAAACAAGAAUAGACAUGGCUAGUAAAAACGGAGAGCCAUAUUCCCGCAAACCAAAGGGAGUAGUUGCUUUUAAAGAAGGCCAACCGGGUAACCUUGAACUAAAUAACCUGGCAGGAAGGAUUUGUAAACAGUGGACAACGAUAGGACUUCACCUUGGAAUAAGUCAGGAUGUACUGGAUGGAAUAGAUGUCAAUGAACGGAAUGAUAGGCCAUAUCAGAUGUUACUUCGCUGGAUAAGGACAACAGAUUCAGAUGCACCUUAUCGUGACCUCUACCAUGCUUUGUGUGAAGAAAAAGUUGGUCUUGAUAAGGUGGCCCGAGAAUUUUGUUGUAAGGAAACCACAGGUGUUGAAAUGACUGCAGCUGAGGCUCAGAAAACUCCAAGCAGGAGGGUGAAGGAGAAUGUGAACAAUUACAAAGUCAAACAAGGCUCGCCCAGUAACAGCAAGUUAGAAGAGUUAGGUAGUGAUAUCCAUGCAGAAGGCAACUCUUGGAAGAGACUUGCACGUCGAUUAGAAAUUGAAGAACCAAAGAUUACUGCCAUUGAUGACAAAGAGGAUGAACUGUCUGAAAAGGCAUACAAGAUGCUCUUACAUUGGAAACAAGUGAACGGAAGUGGAGCAACUUACAAGGUUUUGUUUGAGGCCUUACAUAAUAAAAUGGUUGAUCGCACAGAUUUGGCCAUAAAGUAUUGUUGUGAGAGUUGAGAAGACCGAUUUUAGAACAAAAAAGCAAAAUGUAGGACUGUUAAGACUGUUACUUGUGAAGUUGCAAAUGUAUUAAUCACACGGGUGCCAAAAACUCUGACUGGUAUUUCUCUCAGUGCUAUAAAUUGUCCAGUUUUUGGAGUAUAAACUGAUUACAAGUAAUAGGAACUGGACUGAGUGGAGUACAAUAAUCGGGGCAUAAUCACCCGAUUUGAAAAUAUGACCACAAUUUUUCCCUGAAUUGACACGAGGUCCAAUUACUAAUUACUGGUGAUCAUAUCUAUAACAAAUUUCAAAAUGAAAAAAGUCUUUGAGAACUUCUUUUGAGCAAAAAAGUCUGUAGCACUUUCCAUAAGUUUUGAAAGCUGUAGGAAACAUAAAGGGGGAAACCAUUAAAGUGCACUUACUUGAUGUGCGAAUCAUGUGGCAUCAAAUCAGGUAUCCGAUUACAAAUUUUUGUUAUUGAAUAACUGUAAUUAGACACCCUCAUGAUCAUGCACCAAUUUUGUGGCAAAUAGGUGCACAGAGAAUUAAUCACGAUCAAGAAUUUUGUUAUAGAUACAAUAAUUAUAAUAAUGAUAACAAUAUUAUUACUUGAUAUUUUCAAAACAAUGUCUUACUAUCAUUUCAUUUUCUUAAAUGACUUGAUUGUGGAUUUUUGCUCCAUAAACAUGUUAAAGGGGGUAUCACAUUUUUUUAUUCACAUAUUACAAUAGGUUUGGUAACUAUGCAAAGGAUUGUUGAAUGAAUUUGAGAUGAGGCAUGAAUUUGUAGAAAUAUAUUAUAUAUUACAUAAUAAUUAUAGAAAUAAUUAUGAUAUUUAGAGUAAGGGAGAGUAGUUUUAAUGUAAUCUAUGCCAUACAUGCCUAUGCAGUUUGGAUAGUCCGGUUGACCUGUUAAGCAGUAUAUUUAUGAAAUGAUUAUUCAUUUUAAAGGGAAUAAUGUCCAAAAAAUAGUUUUGUUUCAGAUCACAAGUUGAUGUUAGUGUAUAUUGUGAAAGUCAAUCCUUGUUUUGCUGGGGGUUAAUUCACUCCUGCCAUUUUAGGAUUUCAAAUUUUCUGCACACCACCAUGUUUCUUUUUUCAAAGUCUCAUGGGGAUUUAUGAUGUCAUUGCUUGGUUGGAUUACAGCACUGCAUGAAUCUGGAGAUGUAAAAUUGCUUCUAAUCAUUUAUAAAGCACAUUCUGGAUGAAUAUGUACAGUUUAAUGAGAAAUCUUCUUCCGUAGACUCCAUAUUGAGAACUCUGACUGCACAGUGGCAUCAUAAUUUAUAGUUUAACUUAAAUUAAACAUGGGCUGGGUUGUUUAAGAGCUUGUUAUUUAAACACAUACCCAGGAUUAAAAUUUAGCUUAAGUAAUAAUUUUUCUUUUAUGAAGAUCUUUCUCACUGCUUCUUGCUUCCUCUGAAGUUUUAGGUUAGUCACAUUCAAAAUUGAAGGACAAACAAUGUGAACAGAAAACUUUAUUUACAAAGGGAGUGAAGCGAUUGCGAAGCAUGCAGGGGUGGGGGGUGGGUUUAUCUCAGUCCCCACCCCCUACCCAGUCAAGUCUUCCAUUUUGCGCUGGCGUCCAGUUCUCUCGUGAGUCUAUCCGCUCGUUCAAUGAUGGAAUAAAAAUACGAGAAAAUUCAAAUAUUGAAACCAUUAUUGAAUGUCUCUGAGGAAAACUAUUAGAGAUCAGACUGUUAGGGGUGCCCCUUGUAAAAUUGCAGUAAUAUAAUGUUGAUCGACAAAUGCACACAAUUAGUUUUUUCAUUCUCAGAGUUUUUAGUUUGGAGUUUGUUGCAUUCAGUAAAAUUGUUUUUUAAUGUAUUUGUUAUAUUAUUUUAAUUUCUAAGUGUACAGCUUAUUGUAUUCAUGUAAGUCGAAAGAAAGGAAACUCAAAAAAAAAAAAUAAGUAGAGGUGUACUCCUACUAGUAAGUGCGUCUUAAUAAAACUGUUGUACCUUAGCUAUCUGUACAGUAAAGGGCUAUUUUAUUGUCAGUAA